AUGCGACGCCGACACGAUGCCGGUGCCGGCAGGAAGCGCGUGGGCGAGCACCAUGGCGGCAGCUUCGGCGUGUACAUGUCGCACAAGAUCCAGAAGCUGCGCAACCAGAACGAGAGCGCCGCGGGGGCAGCAGAGGCCGACAGCGACAGCGCCGGCCUCUUCCGGGGCGUGCACGUGUAUGUGGACGGCUACACGGUGCCCAGCAAGGAGGAGAUCCGCCGGCUUAUGUUGCUGCACGGCGGCGGCUUCGAGCACUACGACACGGGCCGCGUGACGCACAUUAUAGCCACUCACCUGCCGGCGUCCAAGCUGCUGCAACUUAAGCGCGCGAGGAGGCCCCUGCCGGUAGUGCGCCCCGACUGGAUCGUGCAGAGCAUCGAGCAACAUAAGCUGCUCCCAGUGCAGCCCUUCCUGUACGCCGGGUUCGCCGACCCCACCCAGAGCAGCAUCUUCAGCCUGUCGGGCUCCAUGUCGGCGUCCUCGACCAAGGUAGCCGACAGUCCUGCAGUUGAACUUGAAGACAAACGAGCUCCAAGCGCCGGUGCUGCCGAUCCGGCGUCUAAACAUGCCCCUAGCACAGCAGGAAGUGAGGAUGAGGAUGGCAAUGAACCGGAUCUGUUAGCCAUUGAGGAUGAGAAGGAAGAGGAGGUCGGAUUGGAUGUGCCUGAAGACCCGCCAGCUUUGCCGCCGGUGCAGAAUGCGACUUCGACGACCAAGCUGCGGACCAAUUCGACGCGAGAUGGUCCUGAGUUCGUCCGACACUUCUUCGCCAAGUCUCGCUUGCACCAUAUCGGCACGUGGAGAGCGACGUUCCAGCAGAAGGCUGCCGAGUUCCAGGCAAAGUACAAGGGAGGACCGGUGACAAGAGCGCCAGCGUCGUCUAGUGACCGGGUGAUUCUCCACGUGGACAUGGACUGCUUCUUCGUGGCGGUGGCAGUGAGAGGACGGCCAGAACUGCAGAAGGUGCCGGUUGCCGUCGCUCACUCGGGGAAUGCCGGGUCUUCCGAGAUCUCGUCGUGUAGCUAUCUAGCUCGCGCGAAAGGAGUGGGGGCUGGUAUGUUCAUGCAGACAGCAAAGGAAUUGUGUCCCGAGUUAGUUGUGCUACCGUACCAGUUCGACGCCAUCCAGCGCGUCUCGUUCCAGAUUUACGACAUUUUCUUCUCGCACACUCCGUACGUGCAGGCUGUGAGCUGUGAUGAAGCUUUUCUUGAGUUUGGGAAGGGAACUAACGGGAUGGAGAAGGCGAAGACAAUUCGACAGCAGAUCUUCGAGCAAACGGGGUGUCCUGCCAGCGUUGGCGUGUCCUUCAACGUGCUGCUAACCAAGCUUUGCUCGAAGAAGGCAAAGCCCGAUGGCAUUUACCAAAUCGAGGAUCGUGGCCAGGCAGAAGAGUUCAUGCUCUCGCUGAAGGUCAGUGAUCUCCCUGGAGUUGGGUACAAGACGGGAGCGAAGCUGGAUGAUAUGGGUGUAGAGGAUGUUGGACAGGUGAUCUCCAUGACGAAAGGUGAACUGGUGCGAUCUCUUGGCAAGGCGUCGGGGGAGAUGCUGUUCAACUACGCGCGUGGAAUCGAUCUGCGCCCGUUGUCGAUGGAGUCGAACAUGAUGCGCAAAAGCGUAUCCGCUGUCGUGAACUUCGGCAUUCGGUUUGAGAAAUGGGAAGACGCGACGGUGUUCUUGAUGGCUCUAGGCGAGGAGCUCAGCCACCGCCUUAGGAACCUGAAAGUGCGGACGAAGUGCUUGACACUGCUGAUCAAGAAGCGGAGAGAAGGUGCUCCUAUCGAGCCAUCGAAGUUCAUGGGUCACGGCGUGUGCGAUAACUUCUCCAAGAGCCAAGUGCUGUCUUUAGCUACCGACGAUGAGGUUGUGAUUGGAAAAGCGUGCAUUGAGCUUCUUCGGCAAUUUAACUUUCCCAGUGAAGAGCUACGUGGAGUUGGCGUCCAGGCGACAAAACUUGUGUCUGAUGCUCCUGGCGUCAACCAGAAAAGUGGGCAGUUCUUCAAGGCGUGGCUAAAGGACUCCGGUCAACAAGCAGGGAGUACUGCAUCACUCCAGGGAUCCGAGAGCAACCAAGAAACAAAAAAUGAAGAACCAAGGCGAAGCACGGGCACUCGUGACGUUGCUGAUACAACCUUCUCCCAGAUCAAUAUGGACGUGCUGGAAAAGCUACCGGAGCAGCUUCGGCAAGAGAUUUUGGCUUUGUAUGGCCGUGGGGCGCCUGCGCCAUCCUCUACUGUUGCCCAACCUACCCGGCUGCCCCAACCAAAGCGCAAGACCAACGGAAAAGCCCCGCUACGACGGAGACACCCAGCACGAAACAUAUUUGAUUCCAAGUCGAACAGCCGACUUGCCCGCGCUGCGCAGAGUUCAGUGGUCAACUCGGGAAAGGAAGACGCGCUGAACGACAUUCGACUGUCACAAGUCGAUUCGGAAGUCUACCAUUCGCUACCGUUUGCUAUCCGCCGGGAGAUCGACCGGUACGCGAAGAAGCGCAGACCUACGUCGACAGUUGCUCCCAUCCCAAGGCCACCAGCCCCAUCCGACAGCAAUCCCGGUCAAUCUACGAAGAAGAAGCCAGCUCCGGUUGUAUUACCUGCGAUUGAAGACCUGUUCGCGAAUCUCGUGGAGGAUGAAGAUGAUGAUGGACACUCGACCAGCAACACCAGGGCACAGUCGGCUGCUUUCGACGCGAUCUACUCGCGUAUUUUAGUCGAGGUGGAGAAUCGAACGCUCGACCAAGCCUUGCGGAUGCUUCGCUUCGUGCGUCGGAAGUGCUCCAGCGCAACUACCCCCGCUGAACUCGCGGAAUUGUUGAAGCGUGGCUUUAACCACGUUCUCGAUCUUGUGAACCAAGAUAUCCGACGACACUUCAACGGGGUGCUGUCAAUGAGCUUGAUUGCUCCAUUGGAAUAUGAACCCAAGAGGCAUUGA